AUGGUCGCAAUAGGCAGCCUACUAUUCUGCGACGCCUGUGGCUCGCUUCUUCCGCGAAUAGUCCCAGGCGAAAACAAAGACGACAUGGUCAAGUGUGACGAUUGUUUCCAGUACACCAAGGACACUUCAUCCAAAGUCAUAACCUCAAAGUCAAAGCCCAGUGCCUUCCCAUCUCCUCUGCGGGCCAAACAUUCUGAAGUGCAAGCUAUCAAUGCCGAGGAUCUGCAGGUCGAAGCUGUCAUCUCCAGGGAGUGCCCGGAGUGCCAUCGACCAGAAAUGUUCUAUCAUACCAAGCAACUACGAAGCGCAGACGAAGGCACGACCGUCUUUUACAGAUGCGAAUGCGGGUUCAAGGAUGUACAAAAUAACUGA